AUGGCCCUCCCCGACAUGAGUCAGAUAGUGGGUGCACUGCAAGACAUAGAGACAACGCGGUUCGCUCAACUGGCCUCGAGCGCAAUCAUUAUAUUCGAUCACGUUAUAACAUUGGACGAAGAAGUAGAGCUGAUAUGGAGAAGCUCCUGGUCAAUGGGGAAGAUCUUGUUCAUUAUUAAUCGCUAUUAUACCUUGUUUUCUGUCGUGCUCAACAAUUACUCACUCUUCAGCGCAUCCCUUACGGAUUCAGUGCGCCUGAACUUUCUGCGUUGGCAAGGAUGGACAGGGAUGGUUACUGCUGUGAUUGCUGAAGUAAUUCUGCAAAUGCGCCUCUACGCGCUGUACUACCAGGACAAGAAAGUUCUCGCGUUGAUGUCGACUCUCUUCGUCCUUUCGUUGGCGGCAUCGGCAGCGAUAAUGGGCACUGUGCUGGGCGGACUGAGUGCGAUCUCGCAUCUCCCUGGGACUGGUGUCACGUUCUGCAUUCCCAUCGGGACCCCCCAGUACUUCUUCGUGUAUUGGAUACCAAUGCUGUUCUUCGAAAGCCUGCUCUGUGUCCUGGCGCUGUACCGUGGAUUGCGGACCUUCCGCGCCUCAGUCUCGCUCUACCAGUCUGGCCGGCAUUUAGUGACCAUCUUGAUUCGGGAUUCUGUGCUGUACUUCAUCGUCAUGUUUGCGUCGUAUCUUACGAACCUGAUGGUUUGGCUCCUCGCACGGCAAACACUGCUUGAAGUGCCGAUUGCGUUCUCAGUCGCUCUCUCUUGUGUGCUGUGCAACCGCAUCGUGCUCAACGUGCGCGAGGUCAAGGGCGAGCUCGACUCAACCGCGGAGGCGGUCGUCCGCAACCCAAACCGCCUGACCUUCGGCAACGACUCGGUCGGCAGCGGGAGCGUAAAGUCCGUCGACUCGCAUAUGUACGAUGCCGAGUAUGCGCCCCGUCCGAAUUCUGCCACACCGUUGACGACCAUCGAGAUGGCGCAGUUGCGGUCAAUGCGGGUGGACGGGCAGUAUCUGCAGCAGCUGGAGAGCGGUGUGUAUGAGCGGGACGAGACGAGUGAGAGUGGCAGGACUCAUGGACAGUUUGUCGUGUUGUAA